UCUCAUGGUAGACGCAUUUACAAGCAGCAACAAGUUACCUUUUAAAAUCGCUUUCGCUUCAAUAACACAGCUUCCUUUCUGCAUUAAACUGAGUUCAGUGCCAAGCGGGGCUUUCCACUCUUUGAUCACAAUUAAAAUCAAUUUCCAGUGGAUAAAAUCCUUUAAGCCAAAAGUCACAGUCUCAAGCUCGCAUUCUGCUAAUCAAAUGGGGGCCAUUUUGACUUUGGUGGAGCCGGUGGUUGUCAUCAAUAAACUGGGGACGUCCUUCUUUGAGAUGGCUCUCACACAGACCAUCUACAACCAGUCACUGAAGACAACAGAAGGAGACAGUGAUCGGGCGCAGGCGUUAUCCUCACGCUUUCUUCUUAUUCAGAGUGUUCUGUCCUCUGUGGCAGCCAUGUUGUCCAUUAUACCACUGAGCCGUAUGGCAGACCGUCAUGGACCUAAAGUCUUCCUGGUGGCCUCUCAAAUGGGUUCGGUUUUGGGUAUGUUUAUGCUUGUCAUCUUCAUGUACUGUGAGGUUCCUCUGGAGUUCCUGUACUUGGGUUCUCUGCUGCACGGUUUGAGCGGUGGCGGGCCGAUGUUUUGGGCCGGGGUGGCUGCUCUGGCAUCUCUAAGCUCGGAGCAAGGCAAGCGCACUCUUAAACUCAACAUCGUGGACUUUUGUUUUGGGGUCGCAGGGGUAGUUGGCGGUCUCCUGUCUGGAUAUCUGUAUCAGAUGGGACCGUCAAUUCUCCUCCUGACAGCAAUUAUGGUCAGCAUUGUGGCGUUACUGUACACUGUGUUCGGCCUCACUGAUUCAAGACAUUCCCUAUCUGAGAAUGAGCCGUUGCUGACUGAAUCCGAAAGUGGGAAAACGAUGGAUCGAGUGUCUGUAGGCAUGCUGAUGACAGCCAUGGUGUUGUUCAUGCUAGGCAUGGUAGGGGCAGAAAAUGUGCUCCAGCUCUUUGUGCUGAAGCCCCCUCUGAGCUGGGACUCAGUUUGGGCUGGAUAUGGGAGGGCCGCCACCAGCGCGAUGUAUCUCAGUAGCUUCUUAGGGGUCCUGUGUCUGUUCAAUGUGUUGGGAGACACAGCCCUCACUCUGCUGGGAAUCGUGUCCAACUGUACUGGGAUGGCAAUCAUGGCAUUCGCUAUAGAAAGCUGGGUCUACUUUCUGGCUAGAGGAAUCAUGUUGUUUGCCUGCGUUCCCAUGCCAACACUGCGAGCCAUGCUGUCCAAGAAUCUGCAUCCUCAGCAAUACGGGCGAGUUUUUGGGCUGCUCCAGCUGGUUCUGGCUGUGACUGAUCUCUUGUCUAACGUCUUUUUCACCUCCAUUUACCCUCUGACUCUCGGCUGGUUCAGUGGCUUCUGCUUCCUCCUCUCCUGUGCCAUUAGUUACAUCAGUGCCGUCCCUAUCAUUUACCAAAGUGGCAGAGACCUGAGACUUGGAUCCAUUUGAGAUGUUAAACACUUACAUGAAAAUCUGUCUGUUGUUAUUUUGUUUCAGUACUAUGGAGCCCCUUAGGAAAUGGUGAGGUGUAUAGUUUUAGGUCUUAAUAUAAAAUAUUAUUAGCAUUAGGACUGGACACAUGAAGUGUCAGUUGUAAAAUGUUUUUUAUUCUUAGA